UCAGAUUCCAGGAAUCAAUGUUUUUGUGCAAGGCAGAAAUUUCCAGGGCAAAGGUUCUAAUUUUCAGCAGAUAUAUAUAUACCUCCCGGCUCCAAAAUGCAAAAACGCACUCGAGAGGAGAGAGUAUAACUGCAGAAGAUGAAUAUUACCAAAAGAAUGUGGUUUUCUUUGACUGUGCUCCUGCUGGCUGCAUGGGCCUGUCUGGCAGAUGUGCCUCACACUGAAGAGAGGAUGAAACGCUCUGUGUCAGCUUCCAAGGUAGCAUCACUCCGUUCCAGGCGAAUGAUUGCGGGGACUCUGGCUCCUCACGUCCCCUGGCAGGCCAUGGUUUACAUUUCUGACAGUGUGCUGGACGGAGGCUAUGCAGGUGGUGCUCUCAUCUCAGACCGCUGGAUUUUGACGGCUGGCAGGAACGUUUUUGUCAGGAAAAGUCGACAGGACAUUCAGGGAAAAGAUCCCAUCAUUCCUAAAGUGUACCUGGGAAUCACACACCGGUCAGAAGCUGAUGUCUCCAAAGAGGUUGCUGUGGAGAAGGUUGUUCUCCAUCCAGGCUUCCAGAACCAGUCUGACUGGGACAACGACCUGGCUCUGAUCCAGCUCAAAGAGCCUGUGGUUAUGAGUGAUAAAGUGACCCCCAUCCCCCUGCCAGAAAGAGGUCAGGACCUGGAAGGCAUUGUGCAAGGGUCAGGAGUCAUCACCGGCUGGGGCUGGGGGAUUUACCUCACCCUUGCUACAUCACUCAAACACCUCAUACUCCCCUUGGCCGAUCACUCUAUCUGUAAGGCAGAAUAUGAACGUAUCGCGCUCACACCAUCUGUAGACGACAACAUGUUCUGCACCGGAGCCACCAAGUUUGGGGGAAAUGUUUGUUUUGGUGAUGCAGGAGGCGCUCUGGCUGUCACAGAUGCUAAAACUGGGGACAUUUAUGCUGCAGGGAUCCUUUCCUAUGACAAGUCCUGCACCAGGUACAACUAUGGAGUCUAUAUGAAGAUUUCCUCAUAUUUGCCCUGGAUCCACAGAGUCAUCAGAGGAGAUGCAGAGAAUUCAUCCACUCUGCGCUCUGAUGCAAUGUCUAAGAUGUACUCACGGCAGCCGUAAGGCUUCAGGCUCUGUUCUUAAGAUUUUGUAGAGAAAUCAUUGCAAUGUAUUGGUUAAUUUUAUUAAAUACUUGUAAUAUAACAUCUGUGAUCUAUUACUUAAAUGUUGUGAUUGGAAAAGAGAAAAAAUACACUCCUAGUAUGAAUCCUAGUAAAUAAAUUAAAAAUAAAUAAAAAAGUAUUAAACACAAGUUUAUUUUGAGCAUACAAUGACAUUUAAUCCACAGGAGUAAGACUGAAUGGGUCAACAAAAUGUUUGACUUUGACACAAGAGACUGCAGUGAGAGAGAUGUUAUCCUCCACGAGUGGCAACAGAUAAGAAAACAUUGUUCUGGAGUACAAUGAUUUGAAAGUAAACUGCUGUGCUCUUGCAGAUCAUCAUAACUUCAAAUUCAACAGAUACAAAACAAAACUCACCAACGCCAUCCAGGUUUUUCUUUCCACUGUUCCAACAAUCCCCAACUUGGUUGAAAGUAACCCUUAAUUCCCAGAGUUGGAUGGGAAAGUAUCAGGAGAGGAGUAUCAGGACGCUGCUUACAGGGACAUCUAACUCUGAAUUAAGGUUUCAUUUCGACUAAACCAGAGUUAAUGAUUGUUGGAACAGCGGACAGACAAACCAAGAUGGUUUUGGUGAGUUUUGUUCCUGUCAUGUUGGACUGAAGUUUGUUUUACGAGGAUAUGCAAGGUAAAAUUACUGCAUUUGUCAAUGGAGUCUGGUGAAGAGCAACACACGGCUGUUUGUGGUUAAACAAAAAAGGAUCUUACUAUUUCACAGAUGUGUGGCGGACCCUUAGAAUAACAACGUAACUUGAUCGUGGACAGUUGCCUGGAAGGAUUACAUUUGCAACCAGCAACUCACUUAAUACUGGAACAAUUUAAAAAACUUGUCACUCAGACACAAAAACAUCAGAAAAUAGGGUCCAGGUUAAAAGUUACCCUUUAACUUUGAAAAGAGAACUUGAGAGCUUCAAUGGUUGAAACAACAUUUCAUCAUGUGCAGUCAUGAGCGUGAAAGCAAAAGUUGACGAUGGAAUAAAAGUGAAUGACACAACUCAGAA